CAGCCAUCCAUCUCCAGUAAAUCAUCGGAGUCUGGAUCAAGUAUGGCUGGCAAAGUGUUAAAUCUGCCCGCACCCACAGCUGAAAAUAUUCGUGUAUUGAGAGACCAGGCCCGGGCACACAAUGAUCCAGACCAGCUUUUAGCAUUUGCAUUGUAUCUGAUAGAUACUGUGUCUCAAAUUACCAUUGACGAACAAGACACUAAACAAGGCGCCAAGACUCGAGAACGAAUGGUCCUCGAAGCUCAAAAAAUCAUCAAGAAAUUGGCAACCCAAGGCUUAGGAAUUGGCAAAACUGCAUACCCUGAAGCACAAUUUUACCUCGCAAACUGUUAUGGGAGCGGAUCUAUUGGGUUGCCAGUAGACUAUGAUAGAGCAUUUUCUCUAUAUUUACAAGCAUCCAAACAAAAUCAUCCACCGGCAACCUAUCGCACCGCCGUCUGUUAUGAAAUUGGUGCUGGUACCCGUCGAGAUUACAAUCAUGCUAUGCAAUUUUAUCGAAAGGCAGCAAAUCUUUCAUACACCAUCGCGAUGUACAAGCUUGGCAUGAUAUUACUGAAAGGUCAUCUAAAUCAGGCUAAGAAUCCUCGCGAGGGCAUAUUUUGGCUCAAGAGAUCAGCUGCCGCUGCUACUGAAGACACCCCACAUGCUUUACAUGAGCUUGGAUUGGUGUAUGAAAAAGACGUCAGCUCAACUGUUAUCGCAGACGAGCGAUAUAGUUUCGAGUUGUUUUCCAAAGCCGCACAUCUAGGAUACGCACCCUCCCAGUGUAAGUUGGGAACAUGCUACGAAUAUGGCUUACUACAAUGCCAGGUUGAUGCCUCAUUAUCAGUGCUCUGGUAUAGAAAAGCAGCCGAUCAAGGUAUCACAGAAGCAGAGCUAGCUGUUUCAGGUUGGUACCUGACAGGAUCUGAAGGUGUCAUUGAACAGAGUGACCAUCAAGCAUAUUUAUGGGCUCGAAGAGCAGCAGACAAAGGAGAACCUAUGGGAGAGUUUACAGUUGGCUAUUAUACGGAAAUCGGGAUUGGUAUUACCGCCGAUGUGGAGGAAGCCAAGCGCUGGUAUAUGCUAGCCAUGUCCCGAGGUAACCAAAAGGCUGUGGAUAGAUUAAAAGAGCUCAAGAGAAUAGCUGCAGGUCGAUCACAAGUAGAGAGUAGCGUAGAACAGAAGAGUUGUGUAAUAAUGUGAACCAUUUUUUUUUAUCAUUUUGUUUUUGUCCAUAAACAUAAAGCAUCAAUACGUUCAUUUAUGUUGUAACAGCCUGAAGGUUGUUUGAAUGCACAAAGUCAUGGUGAUUGUUUUUUUUUUUUUUCGUUUGUUUUAAUAGCCAGAAGAAGAAGGGUAUAUCGCCAUUGCCUGCGAAAAAGAUCACAGUUUGGUAACGAAGCAAUCAUAAGAUGGAAUGCAUCUAAAUUACAAAGGCAGAACAUCUUGCUACGGUACAAUCUUGUAACAGAUAUUUGAAUUCAUCUGAUCAAGAAAU